AUUGGGACGAAACUGGGUCUCUUUCUCUCUCCUUACCAAAGAUCUCUGUAUAAUGUGGAAGGCUUGACGGCUCGACCGUGGUGGACUCUUGAACAGACGUCCUGCGCGAAAUAUCUCAAGGGUAUCGAAAGGCAAUGGACGAUAAUUCGAGAGGAAGCACUGGCGAUUUUGAAUAACGAGCCGCACCUGUUCACACCUGAGCACCAGCAGAUGGUGAUUGACGGACAUUGGUCCGCGUACUACUUGUACAGCAGUGAUUCGUGGAAUGCAACAAAUUGCCUUAGGACCCCUAAAACAUGCAGCAUAAUGCAAAUGUUCAAAGAUUCAUCUCACUGCUUGAAAAGCGAGAUAAAAUUUUCACUUCUCACUAGUGGUACAAGAGUAUGGCCUCACUGCGGGUAUUCAAACUGCCGUCUACAGGCCCAUCUGGGUCUCAUUAUAUCGUCUGAAGCGCGAAUACGAGUCGCCGAUGAGAUUCGUGGAUGGAAAGCGGGUAAAUUUAUUGUAUUUGAUGAUUCAUUUGAGCACGAAUUAUGGUUUGAGGGUGCCUCAGCGAACAAGUACAGACUGAUACUGAAGCUCGAUCUGUGGCAUCCCGAAAUGGAUCCAGCAAGGAGAGUUGAGUUUAAAAGUGCAUAA